UUUGAGGACUGUAUUCGAGGUUUUAGGUGAUGCUCCGGCUGUAUCCCUCUUUUGAGCUGCCCAGAACAAUUGUUGAUGCUACUGUUCCCGCAAUUUCGGCAUUACAACCCACAUUUCCUGUGAUUCUAGUGUUCCCGCUUGCUGCCAUCGCUGUUUCAGCCAUCAUUAAUCCUCUUCCUUUCCCACUAGUUGUUGUCCCAGUCAUCUCGGGCCACGUCCCACCUAACAGCUGUCCUAGUCCUUCUACACCACAUCCCUGCCAAAUAUGCGUUGUUACAACCCUCCCUCGGGAACCCAAAUUUCACCUUGUUGCCGCUCUGGAAAGCAAGGAUCUUCUGUUCCGUUCUCAUAUCCGCCCGCUUGUUUUGUGCUCCCGCCUUACCGCCACCUUUGAAGCCCCAGUCGAUCCCCUCCACCAUCCCGAGAUCAUACCGUAGCUUAAUUAUUUGUGUCGUGGUUGUUGCUAUUUUUGAUUUGCAGGUAUAGUAUUGUAUUUUUCAUUUCAAGUGCGUUGAUUGUAAUCAUCUAUAUGUUUUCGAUAAUAAUAUUUAUUUUUUCUAUUGUAAUUUGGGUUAACUCUGGAUGCUUACCGAGUUGUUGCUGCUGACGAAUAACCGUAUAUUUGCCGAAAAAUGCAAUUCACUACCCAGUAUGUAGGAGUGAAGAUUAAGGAGCAAUAUCAUUAGAACUUUCGGCUAUUUCAUAAGACGUUUGGAGGUGGACUUAGAGAAGUUUUGAUAAUCGAAAAAUUCGUUCUUUUGAGGAGCAAAAUCAUUUUGAGAAAUGGCAAGUUGAUUGACGAGUAGAGAGGAGGUUGCCACCUCCUUUUUGCCAUGCAGUAAUUGUGACUCCGUUGAGGGGUCUCAGCAAUUGAGGUUGUGAAAGCUAUUCAAAAUAAGAAAUAUUUUUGUAGCAAAUACUUGUGCAGGCUAGUGGCCAUCUACAUGAGUCAAAUAAGUACUAUGUUUAUCGUAAAAAAUCAUGGCCUUGAUAUUGAAGUGCAGACACCUAUGGGGUCUAAUUGAAGAGCAAAUCAAAAGCUGGGAAACUCAAGGAGAAGCCUAUUGAAGACAUUCGGAAUGAACCCAUGAUUGCACGGGCUAUCCACAUCACGUUUUAGAGAUUAGUUGGAAGCUUCUUGCUAGUCAAGCUUCAAGCAACUUCAGUCGGGCUAGAUGAACUUGACAAGCUCUUCUAGGCCCCAAGUAGCUAAUUAUUAUAUUCACAUAUGCAAAUUUGUCUGCUAUUAGGUUGUGGUCACUGUACUGCUCUGCAAUUUUCAAGGCAAUGGAGUUCUGUGAAUAUCCAUUUCAAGAAUGUCCUUGAUAAGAUGAACAUGGGGAGUUAGCAUUUUAUCCAAAUGUCGGGGCCAUUUUUUCUAUCUUUUGAGAGAGCUAAGGAGACAGCAUAAGGAUGCUGAAGAUAGGCAAUUCACUGCUAUUGUUGACUUCGAUGCAGUGAAUGUGCCGACCACAUAAAACACAAUCUUUGGCCUAUUUUUGUUGAACUUUUUUCGGGCGUUGGUUUCUGUGUAGUAUGUUACAGCCAAGUUCUCAAGAAGAAGACAUGUUAUUACUGUGAGAGGAGACUUGUGGUAGUCUAUAACUUGUCAUUUGAAAGCUUCAAGUAAUGUGUAUGAAGAAAUUCUACAACUAGACACUGAAAAGGAAAACAGUUUGGUGACUACAUAGCUAGUUGAUGAAAUCCUUGAUCGAAGAGGUAGUUGUAAGCAUAAUAUUUUGAUUAAGUAUAGCUUUCUACUUUGGGUUAUGUGAUGAAUUGGUUUCAGCCCUCCGCGACCGUAUUUAUUCACCUAGCCAGUUGAGGAGAUGUUGAUGUUAUCUUCCGCAAACUUGAAGUAUAUCUCAUCGCAAGGCCAAUUAAAUAGAAGACGAGGUCAGGAGCUACAAAACUUGCAUAGUCAAUUCAGGAAGAGGUGUUGAAGUUAAGCAGAGCUGGCUUUAUCAUGGAAAUGUAGUAUCCAGACUAUAUCACAAAUGCUGUCAUGGCA